GAGAGAUUGGGCAGCAUGAGCAGCGAAUCUGAGCCUGUUAGCUUGGAGUUCAUCGAGGAUUCUUAUCUGCCGCGCAUCGAUGACAUCACCACAACGCCAUCGCUCGACGAGCUGGAAAUAGCUCCAGAGAGCGAAGCUGACUUCUACGAUGAGACGGAGCAUUAUCUGCGUAAUCUGACACUCGAUGACAUCUUCUAUGAUGUUGAUUCGGAUUAUGCUAAUACCCUAGAGCUGCAGGCGGUCGAAACGGAGUUCAUUGCGGCCAAGCUGUCCAAUCAGACGCCGUCGCAAUCGAUGGCAAAACGUUUUCGAUUGAAAUUCUUUACCAAGAGAACAAUGCGAGAUGUUAAGGUCACGUUUAUAGAUUUCUCGAAACCCUAUCUGGCCAAAAUAUCAAAUAGUGAUAAUUAUAAAAGAUUUCUGACCAUUGGUCAGGCUGGUGGUGCUAAAGAUAACAGCGCCCACCUGUCGGAGCCCGCUUCUCCAGCAGCAUCUGUGGCAUCUGCAGAGAUUGCCGCCGAGUUCGCAGCACUCACCGUUGAGGAGAAGGAACAGCGACGCGCCGAAUGGAGCCAGGAGCUGGCACGCGUUGAGGAAGAGAUCAAUACGUUGCGCACGGUGCUGGCCUCCAAGACGCGCCAUGCUUCCGAUUUGAAGCGCAAGCUGGGCAUUACCGUCUGGAAGGAGCUAACCGACGAUGUCAAUCAGGGCGUCAAGAAUCUAAAAGAGAGCCACGUUUACCAAUCGAUGGAACAAAGCGUGGGCAGCAUAUCUAAAGCCGUGCACGAGGCACCACUUUUCCAACGCACUGAGUCGGUGCUGAAGACAACUGGAGAGAAAACGGCUUCAGUUUUUGGCAGCAUUACGAGCGGCAUUACGUCGAAAUUUUCACAAAUGAAAAACUCUGAAUCGAUGCGUUCUAUUGAAGCUUCGGUUGGCUCUGCCUAUGAGAACGUUAAAGUAAGCUAUGAACAGAACAAUUUUUUGUGCCAAUCUCAUGCGACGAAGGUGACAUCCCGUUCGGGUUCGGUUUCCAGUUUCCCAGACGAUCUAGAUGAGAAUAAUUCACCAUCGGGACUGAAUUCACCCACAGACUCUCUAACAAAAUAAAUGCACGCGUAAAAUAAUCAAAAUCAAAACAAAAACAAAAAACAACAUAAUUACACCUUUACACACACACACACACACACACACACAUACAUAAAUAACACACAAUUAACAAUUGCGUUUAAAUAUGAACAUAAACACUAACACCAAGUAUGGAAUUUAUUUAUAAAAUAUAUGUGUGUUAUUAUUAUUAUAACUAUUAUACUAUUUAAUGUAUGUGUAUCUUAACUUUAACAAAUUUUGUUGGUAGCAUACGUACAUAUAUUUACAUGUGUGUGUGUAUGUGUGUACGUGUUGCGCUAUUUCAAUAAUUGUUUUGGUUUAAAAAUCAAAGAAAACAAAAACAUGUUAAUUUACCAGAGUUCUUUAUGCAAAAAUCUAAGUGUAUGUUUAAUGUUUAAAGAGAAAACCAUACAAAAAGAAAAUCAAGAAUAUGUAAACCAUUUAGCAAUUGAUAACAUAUUUUCGCUAACUUUGUUAACACACACACACACACACACACACACACACACACACACACACACACACACACACACACACACACACACACACACACACACAUGUGAGAAAGAUAAACAGAUAAUCAUUGUGCGAAUUUCAUUCCUAACUUCUCUGCCGCUUAGCUUCACUAUAAAAAAAAA